AUUAUGUAUAAAACUUGUUAAAACAAAAUAAACCCAGAAGCGAGAAGUUUAAAGAGUGAGACGUGAGCGUAAAAUGCAAUAAUCGUUGCCAUGAAAAAGGGCAAGGGAUCGGGCUCCCUGGGAUCGAAGGGAUUAUCCCGGGGAUUAUCUUCUGGAAUCACGGUGCCCAAGAGCUCCUCAGGAUUAGCAGGGUCAUCGGUGGUUCAGAACUCCAAAAAGCAGCAGCCGAAGGAAAAGGAUUCUCUGGCAGUCAAGGAAUCUACAAUAAAGAAAAAGGAGCCCUUGAAGGAUGCGCCUUUGAGAGAUGAACCUAUGAAGGAUGAGUCCUUAAGGGAGGAGUCCACUGCCAUAACCUCCAUUCCGGCUAUUGACAAGUUGCGCCGCUUCUGUUUUAUUGGCUGCACGGACUCACCCGUCUAUGCCACGCCCACGCUGGACCUCACCGUUGAGAUCAGCCUCGCAUCGCUGCAGGACCUCUGCGCCCAAGUGAAUGAUGCCGAACUGGCCGAAUGCCUGUCGAGUGUCCUGGGCAGCGGACCGAAUGCGGAGCACCUGCCGCGUCCAGACGAGCCACUCCUCAUCCUCGCCGUCUUUCUCACUACGCGCGAAGACGAAAAGCAGCGCAUGUUGGUGCGGAGUAGAUUCCCCGAUCUGAUAACCAGUGAAUCGGACCUCCUCCUCUUUGUCCAGCUGGUGAAGCGAGUCCAGAAACUGCUCGACCGCAAGACGCCCUUCAAUCGCACGGUGCGUAAGGCCAUCCUGGAUUGGUACGGCAAGCAAUCGCUGGACCGCCUGCUCCACUUGUGGUCGGUGGGCGAUGGAACUCGUUGGGCGGCGCACCGCGAUCUGCUGCACCGCUGCCACUUUCGAGAUUCCGAUUUUCCACCCGAAAUCAUGGCUGCCCUGGGACUGCUCUCAUCGCCGCCAAAAGAGCUAGCCCAGUGGCCCAGUUUCCUCACGCCCUUAAGCAAAUGCCGCACCAUAAUCGAGGGGGUGGUCAAGCUGCGACUCCUGCAGGAUCCUGAGGAAGCUCUGCCCAUUGUAAAAAAGCUAUCGCUGAGUUGGGAGCAUGUGCCGCUCCAGUUGUUCAACGAACCCGGGCUGGCCAAGUACCUCAUUCCACGCAUGACCUACGACCAGCUGCUCCGGUGCUGGCCACGCCUCUCGCGACUGCACAACCAGGUGCGCCCCUUCGCCGAGCAGCUGAUGGACGAGAAGAAGAUCAAGGCGGGCAAUGUGGCGCCGGUGCGGCUCCUGCUGGAGGACAUGCGUCUGAGGAUGCCCAGGAAGAUGGUCAUAGUGUGUCCAACUCGGACGCAAAGGGCGAAUUUCCUGCACGGAGUAUACGAGGCAUCCUUUGGCCAGAACAAGCCGCUCGGCAGGCGCCUGCACAUCACCCUCAAUCUAGAGCAGUUCUACUUGGGCAAAUACCUCUCGGGUCGCUGUCGUUCGCUCAAAUAUCUGGAUGCUCUCGUGGCAUUGGCCUUUGGCUAUUUCCGCAGCGAUCCCAAGGUGACAGUGCAGUUCUGGCACGACCGCAGUGGCCAGCUGAAGACGUUGCCCUGGACGAAGGAGAUGUCUGUGGCGGAGGCUACGGCCUGCUGCGAGAACCAGAAGGUGCUUAAGAUCAAGCAGUCGAUGACGGAUGUUUUGGAUAGAGCGCUGGAGGAUGAGAAGAACACGUACGAUGUGUUUUUAGUGUUGGUGCCGGGGGCAGGGCGGGGAAACCCGGGAAAUAGUUCAACAAGUUUAGCUGCCCUAAUGGACGACUACCGCAAGAAGCGGAGCUCCAAUGCCAAGUUCGUUAUGGUGAGCUUGCGGCAACACCACGGCUCCAUGAAGUACUCCGGCACGCGCAACGAGAACCUGCUGGAAUUGUGCAGCCUGGAUGAGCACACGCCGCAGCUGAUCAACGCGUUUGUCCGCAGAAAGUUCUACUAAAGAAGCAGCUAAACCGGAGACUGGAGAGGAGGAGGAGCUGUCCAUCGAAUCACCGAAGAUUCCCAAUUAACCGCACAGCUGCCAGCGCUAAGCAGUUCCAUUUGUUGAAGGACGAUGGCCCCCGGUUCGUUGCCAUCGGCCAUCUCUCUCGCUUUCAUUGACGCUAGGGCGCUCGGUCCACCCAGUCCCAAUCCCGUUCCAAAUAGCUUUCAUGUAUCAUAUACAUAGGUCCCUGGCGUACAAUCGUCGUAGAUCCAGGCCAACUUAAUGCUACAUACUUAUGUAUUAAUAAUGGUAAUAGUUACACCCCGGAAUCCACAAUUGCAAUCGGGUUAGUUAGAUAUUUUUAACGCUCGUUUUGUGUAAUCACCUUUGUAUUCGUAUUUGUAUUUGUACUAGAUUUGGUGGAUUUAUUUUUUCAAAUCAAACUGAAUCAACUGAACUGAACUCAAUCUAAAUUCAAUUUGGAUUAAAAACAAU